CGCCCCCAAAAAUACUCCCAAAGUUUUAGAUUGAAGGACGUCAAGGACUCUUAAAGAACUGUGCUGUUCUUAGUUAUAAUUUAGCCGCAUCCCUUGCAGUACCUUCACGUUGUCAGUGUCCGCUUCAAACUGUUCCAAAUAAGUUCACCAUUGCACGCACCUCUAAUUAGAACGUCUACAGCAUUUAUUCAUUACACCCAGAAACGACUAACCGUCAACAGUGACAAAAACAGCAACAACAACUAAGCAACUUAGCAUUUAAGGCAACCAUUCAAAUCAAGAAAUCUCCCAAUCUACUUAGUACUUGUAAUCCCUUUGCGGAACAUAUUUAAUCAUGAUAAGCAUUCUUUUCAUUGCCAAUAGGCUUUUGAGCACUAUGGCCAAACAGGGACCCAGACCAGUUGUUAUUUGCGGACCUUCGGGUUCGGGCAAGAGUACUCUCUUGAAUAGGCUAUUCAAAGAGUUUCCCAACACAUUCGGCUUCAGUGUUUCGCAUACAACUCGCAAACCCCGACCGGGCGAGGAGGAUGGUGUCCAUUAUAAUUUUGUCGAACGUGAAGCUAUGGAGAAGGCCAUUGCCAAUGGCGAAUUCAUUGAAUCGGCCACAUUCAGUGGCAAUAUGUAUGGCACUAGCAAAGAAGCCGUCCGCAAGGUACAAAAUACCGGUAAAGUUUGUAUCCUAGACAUUGAACCCCAGGGCGUGGAACAAGUGAAAAAGACCGACCUUAAUCCCAUUCUAAUCUACAAUAAUCCACCAUCCAUAGAGGCAUUGGAGGAGCGCUUGCGUAAACGUAACACCGAAACCGAAGAAACACUGAAGAAGCGUUUGGAUGCUGCUGCCACCGAGAUUGUUUAUGGUCUGACGCCCGGUAAUUUCCAUAAGAUUAUACAUAAUGUUGAUAUCGAUGAAGCCUAUGAGCAAUUCCGUGAAUUUAUUGUGGCUGAAUUGAAGGCUCAGGAAGCUGCCGGCAUUACCAUAUGUUGGUAAUGUUCUUGGCGCACACAAACACACA